UCUGAAACAACUUAGAGAUUGUUUUUCAGCUAUUUGAAAAGGUAACAUGGGCAUAAUAUUUCUUGUCGUGCCCCUGGCCUUGCUCUCAGUUCAGUUGUCCUGGGCUCAGGAAGACCCUCUUCUCCCUUUCUCAGAAGUCCUGGACCCUGACCACAAAGUGCGUCUGAAGUGGGGAUUUGAUGAGAUCCAGGGCACCAUCUUAUUCGAGCUCAGCGUCACCACCAGCGGCUGGAUCGGUUUUGGCUUCAGCCCCAAAGGAGGAAUGACUGGAGCUGAUGUUGUCAUUGGAGGAGUUGGGCCAGAAGGCACUUAUUUCACGGAUGGGCAUGCUGAGGGGAACUCCAUGCCUGUGGUGGACCAGCAACAGAACUACAAACUCCUGUCUCUAACCGAGUCCAACGGGACAACAGUCAUGAAGUUUCAGAGGUCCAUUGAGGCCUGUGAUGAAAAUGAUCUUCCCAUCACAACUCUUCCCAUCAAGCUGAUCUAUGCGUACGGACAGACAGAUGACAUCACAUACCAUGGUACCACCCAAAGAGGCACGAAGGAGGUGAACCUGUUGAGGUACAUGCCUCGGGUUUCCCCUCCAAACAGCAAGUUUUUCAACAUGACCAUGGUCAAUUUCACAGUACCAGCUAACCAGACCUACUAUCACUGCAAGAUCAUGAAAGCCCCAACCUUUAAUCAGAAACAGCACAUUUAUCGGAUUGAGCCGCUUAUUGAAAACUUUGACCUAGUGCAUCACCUGCUGCUGUACCGCUGCCCCCCAAGUGUGAAGGAGCCAUCUGAAGCCGAAUGUUACACAACGGGGAAUGAACAGUGUAUAGAGGUCAUUGCUGUGUGGGGAGUUGGAGGAGGGGCUUUUGAAUUCCCUGAGGUGGCAGGACUUCCAAUUGAAGCAAAUGCUAGUGAUUUUCUCUAUAGGCUUGAAGUGCAUUACAACAAUCCAAGUAAAACUGCAGGUCGAGUUGAUAACUCAGGUCUACGAUUCUAUUAUACAUCUGAACUCCGUCAGCAUGAUGCAGCUGUUCUCAUGACAGGACUUGGGGUGUACCCUGGGUACGCCAUCCCACCCAACGCCAAGUCUUUUCUCACGUAUGGCCUGUGUGACACUGCUUAUAUUCCAAGGGUUCUAUCUGAGACUCCACAGGAUCUUCAGGUGUUCUCUGUAAUGCUGCAUACACACUUAGCUGGACGGAAGGUGCGAGUCGGACACUUCAGAGAGGGAAAACAGAUUGAUUUCCUAGCUGCGGAUGAACACUACGAUUUUGAAUUCCAGGAAGUGGUAAACUUGGGUAAAACUAAGACAGUGAAGUUGGGUGACAAAUUGCUGGUGGAGUGUACCUAUAAUACUGAAAGUCGAUCCACACUAACAUGGGGGGGGCUCUCAACUUUGGAUGAGAUGUGCUUGGCGUUCCUCUAUUACUAUCCAGCUAUGAGUUUGAGCAUUUGUGAGAGCUUCCCUGAUCACGAUGCCUUAAAAGCUGAGAUGAUGACAACAAAUAAUAAUGACUGGGUCUUUAUGAUGUACACAAAGACUUGGAAUGACACAACCAUCAAUCAGUACCAACAAACAUUGAAAAGAAUCAACCAAUUUGUCAAAGUUGCUGACUCCUAUAAAAACCAGACAGCAAUUAACAUAGGGGUGAUUCCUGAUCUUAAAGUCAUCAUGCCUGCAACCUGCAUGAGUGGUUGUGCCACCAAAUGUCUUGCUUGGAUAUCACUGCUCCUCUGUUUAGCUUUGCAAUUGGCUUACUAAUAAAACUAUCAUGAGCAAAAUACUGUUAAAUUGUUUUAAUACUAUUAAAAAAAAAUGUAAUAUGUUAAAAAUUCUUAACAUAUUUUUGUCUUGUUUUCCAGUACAAAUUUCUAAAAAUCCUUGAAACAAGAUAAAGUUACAUGAGAAGCAAUACGGCAUAAUAUAUAUUUAGACUUGUUUUCAGAGAGUGUAUCUAUAAUAUAAGUAUAUUUUGUCUUACUGCAAUGGCAGAUUUUUGCAUAGUGACCCGGGACUUAAUUCCAACACCUUUACCUCACCAUGCAUACCUUAUUUUUUGAAGUUGUGCCCUCACCUCUUUAUUAUUCCUAAAAUGUUCUCUAAUGAACAGUGUAACAAUAAUAAAAUGCCAAAUAAAAAUACAAAAUCUAAUUGCUUAAUUUCCACAGCUAAACAUGGUUGUUAUUGACCUGAGAUAUGUAACAGUGUUGCAAAAUAUAUUUGCGCUUCCAGAAAUCAUAUUUUUAGCAUUAUUUCAUAUCUGUAUAAGCUGAAUCUCACAGGAUAUCCAUUUCUUUGUUUAUUACAAGACAAAUGAGCACUAUAUUCAUACAAAUGACUACUGCUGUAUGCCAUGUUGUUAUUCUGCGUAUACUGCGAUGGUGAGUUAUCAGUAUCCCGUAUGCGUGUACACAUACAUAUUAUAGGGUACAAUGGGGCUAAAGGCACACCUAAACAAAAAUUAGCUUUUUAUCUGGUCACAAAGUGUCUCAAAAUUCAAGAAAUACAUUUUAUAUUUAUUGAAUAUUGAUGGAGCAACAUAAUUUGUGU